AUGCAAGAUAUAAAUAUCGAAAUUAAAAAUAUUCCAAAGACUGAUGCCAUUGGUGUUUUCGGUACUGGUCCAUUCGCCGUUGCCUUUAAGAAGAGCUGUGGCGAGUUAUUCAAGUACAUCGGUGAGCACAACAUUCAACACGGUGCAUUCCUCGGUUUCUUUUAUGACAAUCCUUGUGUGGUGCCUGAGAAUGAACUCAAGUCAGCUGCCGCUGUCAAGCUUACCACUGAACAGCUAGUGUCACUCAAACUCACCGGUGACGAACCAAUCAAGCAUAUCAUUUGGGAAGAGGGUGAAUAUGCCAUGUUCAUCCAUAAAGGUCCAUAUGAGAAGCUACACCAAACCUACGAGUAUUUCUUCAAGACAUGGUUACCGAAAUCCAACAGAGUUCCCUCUGAAAAACCAUCGAUCGAACAAUAUCUUAAUGAUUGCACUAAAGUUGCUCCGGAAGAGUUGAUCACAGAGAUCUACAUCAAAUUAAAUUAA